UUCGUUUACGCUUAUACCUGACUUCGGUUUAUGGUUUCGUUGUUACAUAUUGGCAAAAGUGGCGGCAAAAAUGGACGAAGUAAUGGAAAAAGUUGGAUAUCCCGUUAAGAAAUUCAAAACAAAUUGUUUUCUACUGGGAGUGUCAACCAAAGAAGACAUUGAGAAAGUAGUGAGCAGCAUCCAAGAAACGACCAAGGUGACGUGGUCGGUGCGUUGCACGCGAAAAUUCUAUUCGGAAAAGUCGAGGACGUCGUUCAAACGGAUCUACUCGUGCCACUUAUCGACGCGCAGGAGAAAAACGACGCAGAAAUUGAAACAGAAAAAAUCGCGGAACCUCGACUGUCCUGCGCAGCUCUUCGUCACGGUCAAGAAAUUUUUCGAGCACUCCAAAUCGAAAAAACCGGCUCAAGACAAGUACCCGUGCGUUAUGGAGUUCCGCAACGAACACAACCAUGAGAUAGACGACGAGAACGCGUUACGUCAGAGACCGGUGGGCGGAGAUGUGAAACAAGACAUAAUAGCGUUGCUGAAAAAAGGCCACUCGGUGGCGUCCGCGUACCACACGUACUACACGAUCAAAGUCGAAGAAUUCGGAGACGAGCACGCGAGUAAGAUGCGAGACCGCCAUUUUUUCCCCACGAAAAACGACGUUGGUACCAUUUGGAAGAUGAACGACAUGAAAAACAAGUUCGACGAAUGUUUCGCGUCGUUCGCGAACACAUUGACGAACCUCGAAUCCAUAUUGCGAGGAUAUGACUCAGCUAAUUAUAAAAUAGUUACUGCGGGCGAUCAGUACGCGGUAGUACUGCAAACUCCUCUCAUGAUCAGAGCGCUGAAACAAAUGUCGGAGGUUCUGUUCGUGGACGCGUCGGGAUGCUGCGACGUCAAAGACCAUAAAAUUUACUUUUUCCUGACGCUCGCGUCAGUAGGAUGCCUGCCGAUCGCCUGCGUCAUUUGCAGCAGUUCGAAAUUAGACGUGUUCAAUGAAGGAGUGAAAAGUUUACUCAACUUUUUACACUUAAGGCCCACUAUCGUGCUGACCGACGAAGACAUCCUUGAACAAAACGUACUGCAACGUUACUUCCCGUAUUCGAAAAUGUUGCUGAGUUCGUACCACGUCCUGCGAUCCUGCUGGAGGUUCUUGCACUGGACCAAACACGAAAUCCCGAAGAGUCAGAAACAGCACUACUACCAAUUGUUCAGAGACUUGGUCUAUGCUGAUAAUGAAGCAUCACUGAGUCACGCUAAGCAAGCGCUGUCCGUCGGAUGCCAGGACCAGCCCAAGUUUAUCCAAUACGUGGAGAAAAUGGUCGCCAACAUUGACACAUGGUGCUUACUUUACCGGCAGUACUUUAUGCUCCAAGACUCGCACUCGCUGAACUACAACGAAGCGGAAGCGAUGUUUCGGACGUUCAGACUCAUCAAGGACGUCGUGUUGGAGCGGACCAAGCUGUUUAACGUUACCCAACUGGCCGACUUUAUGUGUUCGAGUUUCGAGGCGUAUUACUCAAACAGGCUUCUCGAAAUUGUCACCAAUAAACGAAGUCGCAUCAUCGAUGAACGUUACAUGUCCAAUCAGAGCACUGAUUUGGACUGCGAAGAUAUCGGCAACCACCAGUAUGUCUUCAAGAGCACCAAGACGGUACCCGAGCAGUAUUACAAAGUCGACAUGGUUACCAACAUUUGCACGUGCCCUAUCGGCAGUACUGGUAAACAUUGCGAGCACCAAUCUGUAGUCAUAUCGAAAUUUAAUAUUCUCUCGCCGAUGUUAACUCUUGAACAGAAGUGUGCGUACUAUUACGUCGCGGUGGGAGUAGUGAAGAACAAAAACCUGUUUCUUCCAGUGCCAGAAACGGAUAACGCUGACGAUUACACCAUCUGUAGUCCUGAUUAUGAUAAUUUCAGUGAGGAAUUGGACAUCAAACGCGAUCUAGAGUCGACCAAAAACAAAUGGAUAUCUUACUGCAACCAAAUCAUUCAGCACAUGCAGAAGGAUCCAGAGAAAUUUGUUCCGGCGGUUAACACACAUCUCAAUAAUGUUAAGAGAUACGCCACGUCGGUACCUCUUCUGUUAAAGGGUUUAUAUGCCGGGUUUCCAUACAAGGGUGACACUAUCGAUUUACCGCCACUAGUGGGUAUUAGAAACAGGACCGCUAAACCGGAUAAUCACUGAACACUUGGUUGCUCAAGAGUCCAAAAGUGCUGAGGCUUCGAGGAAUCGAAGUUCUACCUGUCACCUUGAAAGCUGUGAUAAGAAUCUCGCAUUGGGAUAUGUUUUAAUGACAAAAUAACGAGUACUUCGUAUUUUGUGAAUGGCUUGUCAGGUCUCCUCCAUGAAUCUUUAACAACCUCUGUGCUAGCUGAUCAUACUUUCCAAGUGCAAGUUACCGUUUUUAGUAAGGUAACAACCAAUCCUAAUUAUUCACGUUAUAUUGAAACAAGAGAAUGAAUACCUAGAAAUAAUGGAAGUAAAACCAUCAAA